CCCGCAUCAUCUUCCCACAUGGCAGCCUCAUGGUGAUCCUGGAACACACACAGAAGCCGCUGGGGCCCGAGGUUUUCCAGGCCUAUGACCCGGACUCUGCCUGUGAGGGCCUCACCUUCCAGUUCCUUGGAGCCCCCUCUGGCCUCCCAGUGCAGCGCCGAGACCAGCCUGGGGAGCCGGCAACUGAGUUCUCCUGCCGAGAGUUGGAGGCCGGCAGCCUAGUCUAUGUCCACCGCGGUGGCCCUGCACAGGACUUGACGUUCCGGGUCAGCGAUGGACUGCAGGCCAGCCCCCCGGCCACGCUGAAGGUGGUGGCCGUCCGGCCGGCCAUACAGAUCCACCGCAGCACAGGGCUGCACCUGGCCCAAGGCUCUGCCAUGCCCAUCUUGCCCGCCAACCUGUCGGUGGAGACCAAUGCCGUGGGGCAGGAUGUGAGCGUGCUGUUCCGCGUCACCGGAGCCCUGCAGUUCGGGGAGCUGCAGAAGCAGGGGGCAGGUGGGGUGGAGGGUGCUGAGUGGUGGGCUACACAAGCGUUCCACCAGCGGGAUGUGGAGCAGGGCCGCGUGAGGUACCUGAGCACCGACCCACAGCACCGCACCGAGGACGCCGUGGAGAACCUGGCCCUGGAGGUGCAGGUGGGCCAGGAGAUCCUGAGCAAUCUCUCCUUCCCAGUGACCAUCCAGAGAGCCACCGUGUGGAUGCUGCGGCUGGAGCCACUGCACACUCAGAACACCCAGCAGGAGACCCUCACCACAGCCCACCUGGAGGCCACCCUGGAGGAGGCAGGCCCAAGCCCCCCAACCUUCCACUAUGAGGUGGUUCAGGCUCCCAGGAAAGGCAACCUUCAACUACAGGGCACGAGGCUGUCAGACGGUCAGGGCUUCACCCAGGAUGACAUACAGGCUGGCCGGGUGACCUAUGGGGCCACGGCACGUGCCUCGGAGGCAGUCGAGGACACCUUCCGUUUCCGUGUCACAGCUCCGCCAUAUUUCUCCCCGCUCUAUACCUUCCCCAUCCACAUUGGUGGUGACCCAGAUGCGCCCGUCCUCACCAAUGUCCUCCUCGUGGUGCCUGAGGGUGGUGAGGGUGUCCUCUCUGCUGACCACCUCUUUGUCAAGAGUCUCAAUAGUGCCAGCUACCUCUAUGAGGUCAUGGAGCGGCCCCGCCAUGGGAGGUUGGCUUGGCGUGGGACACAGGACAAGACCACUAUGGUGACAUCCUUCACCAAUGAAGACCUGUUGCGUGGCCGGCUGGUCUACCAGCAUGAUGAUUCUGAGACCACAGAAGAUGAUAUCCCAUUUGUUGCUACCCGCCAGGGUGAGAGCAGUGGUGACAUGGCCUGGGAGGAGGUACGGGGUGUCUUCCGGGUGGCCAUCCAACCUGUGAAUGACCACGCCCCUGUGCAGACCAUCAGCCGCGUCUUCCAUGUGGCCCGGGGUGGGCGGCGGCUGCUGACUACAGACGAUGUGGCCUUCAGCGAUGCUGACUCCGGCUUUGCUGACGCCCAGCUGGUGCUGACCCGCAAGGACCUCCUCUUUGGCAGUAUCGUGGCUGUGGAUGAGCCCACGCGGCCCAUCUACCGCUUCACCCAGGAGGACCUCAGAAAGAGGCGAGUCCUGUUUGUGCACUCAGGGGCAGACCGUGGCUGGAUCCAGCUGCAGGUGUCUGAUGGGCAACACCAGGCCACUGCGCUGCUGGAGGUGCAGGCCUCGGAGCCCUACCUCCGUGUGGCCAACGGCUCCAGACUUGUGGUCCCUCAAGGAGGCCAGGGCACCAUCGACACAGCCGUGUUCCAUCUGGACACCAACCUCGACAUCCGCAGUGGGGAUGAGGUCCACUACCACGUCACAGCCGGCCCUCGCUGGGGACAGGUACUCCGGGCCGGUCAGCCAGCCACAGCCUUCUCCCAGCAGGACCUGCUGGAUGGGGCCGUUCUCUAUAGCCACAAUGGCAGCCUCAGCCCCCGCGACACCCUGGCCUUCUCCGUGGAAGCGGGGCCAGUGCACACAGAUGCCACCCUACAAGUGACCGUUGCCCUAGAGGGCCCACUGGCCCCACUGAAGCUGGUCCGGCACAAGAAGAUCUACGUCUUCCAGGGAGAGGCAGCUGAGAUCAGAAGGGACCAGCUGGAGGCAGCCCAGGAGGCAGUGCCGCCGGCAGACAUCGUAUUCUCAGUGAAGAAGCCACCGAGUGCCGGCUACCUGGUGAUGGUGUCUCGUGGCAUCUUGGCAGAUGAGCCACCCAGCCUGGACCCCGUGCAGAGCUUCUCCCAGGCGGCAGUGGAUGCCGGCAGGGUCCUGUACCUGCACUCCCGCCCUGAGGCCUGGAGCGAUGCCUUCUCACUGGAUGUGGCCUCAGGCCUGGGUGCUCCCCUUGAGGAUGUCCGCGUGGACCUGGAGGUGCUGCCCGCUGCCAUCCCACUGGAGGCGCAAAACUUCAGCGUCCCUGAGGGUGGCAGCCUCACCCUGGCCCCUCCACUGCUCCGUGUCACCGGGCCCUACUUUCCCACUCUCCCGGGCCUCGGCCUGCAGGUGCUGGAGCCACCCCGGCAUGGAGCCCUGCAGAAAGAGGAUGGACCUCAAGCCAGGACCCUCAGCACCUUCUCCUGGAGAGAGGUGGAAGAGCAGCUGAUCCGCUACGUGCACGACGGGAGUGAGACACUGACAGACAGUUUUGUCCUGAUGGCUAACGCCUCCGAGAUGGACCGCCAGAGCCAUCCUGUGGCCUUCACUGUCACCGUCCUGCCUGUCAAUGACCAACCCCCUGUCCUCACUACAAACACAGGCCUGCAGAUGUGGGAGGGGGCCACUGCGCCCAUCCCUGCAGAGGUUCUGAGGAGCACGGACGGCGACUCUGGGUCCGAGGAUCUGGUCUACACCAUCGAGCAGCCCAGCAACGGGCGGGUAGUGCUGCGGGCAGCGCCGGGCACCGAAGUGCGCAGCUUCACACAGGCCCAGCUGGACGGCGGACUCGUGCUGUUCUCACACAGAGGAACCCUGGAUGGAGGCUUCCGCUUCGGCCUCUCUGAUGGCGAGCACACUUCCUCCGGACACUUCUUCCGAGUGACGGCCCAGAAGCGAGUGCUCCUCUCACUGGAGGGCAGCCGGACACUGACUGUCUGCCCAGGGUCCGUCCAGCCACUCAGCAGUCAGACCCUCAGAGCCAGCUCCAGCGCAGGCACCGACCCCCAGCUCCUGCUCUACCAUGUGGUGCGGGGACCCCAGCUAGGCCGGCUGUUCCAUGCCCAGCAGGACAGCACAGGGGAAGCCCUGGUGAACUUCACUCAGGCAGAGGUCUAUGCUGGGAAUAUUCUGUAUGAGCAUGAGAUGCCCGCCGAGCCCUUCUGGGAGGCCCACGAUACCCUAGAGCUCCAGCUGUCCUCACCACCUGCCCAGGACGUGGCUGCCACCCUUGCUGUGGCUGUGUCUUUUGAGGCUGCCUGUCCCCAGCGCCCCAGCCACCUCUGGAAGAACAAAGGUCUCUGGGUCCCCGAGGGCCAGCGGGCCAAGAUCACCAUGGCUGCCCUGGAUGCCUCCAACCUCUUGGCCAGCAUUCCAUCACCCCAGCGCCUAGAGCAUGAUGUACUCUUCCAGGUCACGCAGUUCCCCAGCCGGGGCCAGCUAUUGGUGUCUGAGGAGCCCCUCCACGCUGGGCAGCCCCACUUCCUGCAGUCCCAGCUGGCUGCAGGGCAGCUAGUGUAUGCCCACGGCGGUGGGGGUACCCAACAGGAUGGCUUCCGCUUUCGUGCCCACCUCCAGGGGCCAGCAGGGGCCACUGUGGCUGGACCCCAAACCUCAGAGGCUUUUGCCAUCACGGUGCGGGAUGUAAAUGAGCGGCCCCCUCAGCCACAGGCCUCUGUCCCACUCCGGCUCACCCGAGGCUCUCGCGUCCCCAUCUCCCGGGCCCAGCUGAGCGUCGUGGACCCAGACUCAGCUCCUGGGGAGAUUGAGUAUGAGGUCCAGCGGGCACCCCACAACGGCUUCCUCAGCCUGGUGGGUGGUGGCCCGGGGCCCGUGACCCGCUUCACGCAAGCCGACGUGGAUUCGGGGCGGCUGGCCUUCGUGGCCAACGGGAGCAGCGUGGCAGGCAUCUUCCAGCUGAGCAUGUCUGAUGGGGCCAGCCCACCGCUGCCCAUGUCCCUGGCCGUGGACAUCCUACCAUCCGCCAUCGAGGUGCAGCUGCAGGCACCCCUGGAGGUGCCCCAAGCUUUGGGGCGCUCCUCACUGAGCCAGCAGCAGCUCCGGGUGGUUUCAGAUAGGGAGGAGCCGGAGGCAGCGUACCGCCUCAUCCAGGGACCGAAGUACGGGCAUCUCCUGGUGGGUGGGCGGCCCGCCUCGGCCUUCAGCCAACUCCAGAUAGACCAGGGCGAGGUGGUCUUUGCCUUCACCAACUUCUCCUCCUCUCAUGACCAUUUCAGAGUCCUGGCACUGGCUAGGGGUGUCAACGCAUCAGCCGUAGUGAACGUCACUGUGAGGGCUCUGCUGCAUGUGUGGGCAGGUGGGCCAUGGCCCCAGGGUGCUACCCUGCGCCUGGACCCCACCAUCCUAGAUGCUGGCGAGCUGGCCAACCGCACAGGCAGUGUGCCUCGCUUCCGCCUCCUGGAGGGACCCCGGCAUGGCCGUGUGGUCCGUGUGCCCCGAGCCAGGACAGAGCCUGGGGGCAGCCAGCUGGUGGAGCAGUUCACUCAGCAGGACCUUGAGGAUGGGAGGCUGGGGCUGGAGGUGGGCAGGCCAGAGGGAAGGGCCCCCAGCCCCACAGGCGACAGUCUCACUCUGGAGCUGUGGGCACAGGGCGUCCCACCUGCUGUGGCCUCCCUGGACUUUGCCACUGAGCCUUACAAUGCUGCCCGGCCCUACAGCGUGGCCCUGCUCAGUGUCCCCGAGGCCACCCGGAUGGAAGCCGGGAAGCCAGAGAGCAGCACCCCCACAGGCGAGCCAGGCCCCGUGGCGUCUAGCCCUGUGCCUGCUGUGGCCAAGGGAGGCUUCCUGGGCUUCCUUGAGGCCAACAUGUUCAGCGUCAUCAUCCCCGUGUGCCUGGUCCUUCUGCUCCUGGCGCUCAUCUUGCCCCUGCUCUUCUACCUCCGCAAACGCAACAAGACGGGCAAGCAUGACGUCCAGGUCCUGACUGCCAAGCCCCGCAACGGUCUGGCUGGUGACACCGAGACCUUUCGCAAGGUGGAGCCAGGCCAGGCCAUCCCGCUCACAGCUGUGCCUGGCCAGGGGCCCCCUCCAGGAGGCCAGCCUGACCCAGAGCUGCUGCAGUUCUGCCGGACACCCAACCCUGCCCUUAAGAAUGGCCAGUACUGGGUGUGAGGCCUGGCCUGGGCCCAGAUGCUGAUCGGGCCAGGGACAGGCUUGCCCAUGUCCUGGGCCCCAUUGCUUCCAUGCCCGGGUGCUGUCUGAGUAUCCCCAGAGCAAGAGAGACCUGGAGACACCAGGGGUGGAGGGUCCUGGGAGAUAGUCCCAGGGGUCCCGGACAGAGUGAAUCAAUCCAAGCUUGGAGAACUGCAGGGGCCAAGGUGGAGGCAGGCUUAAGUUCAGUCCUGCCCUGGAGCUGGUUUAGGCUGUCAAAACCAGGGUAACCUCUCACAUGGGUCAUGAUUCUGGGUCCUGGGACUGUGACCUUGGGUAAGUCACGCCUGACCGAGGCUGCUAAGAGGGCAAGGAGAAGAAAAUACCUUGGGGAGGGAAAGGACAGAGGAGGGUAUUCCUGGCUUUUCCACUCCAACCCAGGCCACCCUUUGUCUCUGCCCCAGAGUUGAGAGAAAAACUUUCCCCCCUGGUUUUUCAGGGAGAUGGUAUUCCCUGGAGUAGAGGGCAGGAGGAGAGAGCGCCUCCACUCUAGAAGGCAUAAGCCAAUAGAAUAAUAUAAUCAGGGUGCAGGGUGGGUAGGUUGCUCUGGGGAUGGGUUUAUUUAAGGGAGAUUGCAAGGAAGCUAUUUAAUAUGGUGCUGAGCUAGCAAGGACUGAUGGAGCCCCUGGGGGUGUGGGAUGGAGGAGGGUCUGCAGCCAGUUCAUUCCCAGGGCCCCACCUUGAUGGGGCAAGGGCUAAGCAUGCAUGUGUCAGCGGCUUUGGAGCAGGCUAGGCUGGGGCUCAUGGAGGGUCUCAGGCCGAGGCCACUGCAGUGCCAGUGCCCCCCUGAGGACUAGGGGGCAGGCAGCUGGGGGCACUUGGCUCCACGGAGCCUGGAUAAACAGUGCUUUGGAGGUUCUGGACAGCUGUGUGGUGUUUGUGUCUUAACUGUGCACUGGGCCUUUUUGUCGGCGUCGGCUUGCCUACAGAGGGCCCCUGGAGUCAGCCCUCUGGCCUGGCCUCAGCCAGUGGGAUGGAGAGGGCCAGGUAGACCUGUGAACUUACACCUCCUGGGGCCUCCCAGACCUCCUGUGCCCCCAUCUGUGUGGGCAGGUGGGCCAGUCUUUGGGUGAUGGGACCAAACCCCUCCAGUUUAGUAGGGAAAGGCUAGGUCCUCUACAAAGAGCUUCAAGACAAAAAUUAAAAUAAAUGCUCCCCACCCUA